AUGAUGUUAUUUCUCUUGAAGGCCCUCAUCUCCGUACUCGCCCUCCUCGCCGCCUGUGUGGUGCUCCCGCAGCUUCCCUUGGCCGUGCUGCGCAUUGUCCUCCGCGGCGUCGGAUGGAUCAUCCAGCGGAGGACGCGCUCACGGAGAGAGUACAUCCUCUCGCGGGUACGGGCUGACGAGGAGGAGUUCCAGUCCAAACGAUCCAAACCGUCCCCAGGGGAAGAUGAGGAUUGGGAGAAAGUCGACACCUCCAGCUCCAGCUCCGGGCCAGCUGGCAAUAACAGCUCCUCGGGAAAUGAUGACUGGGAGGGCAUUAUCGGAUUCUUCCACCCCUUCUGCAACGCUGGCGGAGGCGGAGAACGUGUCCUCUGGGAAGCCGUCCGCGCAACACAGAAGCGGUGGCCCAAGGCCAUCUGCGCCAUCUAUACUGGCGACCAUGAGGUCAGCAAAGCCGCCAUGCUGGAGAGAGUGCAGACCCGUUUCAACAUCCAUCUCCACGCACCAACCGUCGUUUUGAUCUACCUCUCCACCCGGAAAUACGUCCUGAGCAGCAUGUACCCCUACAUGACGCUGCUAGGCCAAUCGUUGGGCUCGCUGGUCGUCGCCUACGAUGCCUUCACCCUGCUCGUGCCGGACAUCUUCAUCGAUACCAUGGGGUACGCCUUCGCCCUCGGCUUCUGCAAGUUGUUAUUCCCCGCCGUGCCUACCGGCGCCUACGUCCACUACCCCACCAUCUCCACGGACAUGCUGCAGUCGCUCGACGACAGCACUGGUAUCCAGGGCGUCAACGCCGGCGCCGGGAAGGGGCUGCGGGGGCAGAUCAAACGACGCUACUGGCUGCUCUUUGCGCGCCUCUACGGCUGGGUGGGCGGCCACGUCGACGUGGUCAUGUGCAACUCGUCGUGGACGGCCGCGCACAUCCGCACCAUCUGGGGGCCGGCUCGCCGCGCGCAGCCCAACCGCGACCCAACAGUCGUGUUCCCGCCCACCGCAGUCUCGGAACUCGAAUCGUCCAUCCGCGUCGACGCUGACUCCGAGAAAACCACCCGCCAACCCAUCAUCCUGUACAUCGCGCAGUUCCGCCCGGAAAAGAACCACCCGCUACUCCUGCGCGCCUUUGCGCGUUUCCUCCAUGAGCGCCGCCGCCCCGAUCCUUCCUCCCACGCCUCCGACCCGCAGCUCGUCCUGAUCGGCUCCGUCCGCCACGCCAGCCCCGACGAAACCCACAUCUACAACCUGCGCCUGCUGGCGCACGAGCUCCGCAUCCGCGACCACACCACCUUCCUCUGCGACGCCAGCUGGCCCGCCAUUCUCGACCAUCUGGCCCGUGCCUCCAUCGGCGUCAACGCCAUGUGGAACGAGCACUUUGGCAUCUGCGUGGUCGAGUACCAGGCCGCUGGGCUGAUCAGCGUGGUGCACGACUCGGGCGGUCCGCGCGAGGACAUCGUUGUGGAUCUCGGCGACGGGGCGACGGGGUUCCGCGCCUCCACGGAGGAGGAGUUUGCGGCCGCGUUCGAGGCCGCGCUGGCGCUCCCUGAGGAAGAGAAGGUGGCGAUGCGGUUGCGGGCCAGGACGUCGGCGCUGCGCUUCACCGAGGAGGAGUUUGCUGUCAAGUGGCUGGGGGAAGUGGGGAAGCUGCAUGGGUCGGAUUUGGACACAACUAUCAGCGCUGCGUUCCGUAUUAGCGAAGGGCUCGAAUGCCCACACUCGGAGAGGGAACUACUUGUAUGCUACGUCCUUGAGGCCAGCCUCGGAUAUUGCAAUGCAAUAUGA